AUGACUUCAUCGGAGGAGGGGCAGCUUCUGGGCGACCCCGCGCCAGAACUUCUCGAGGGCCGCAUCUGGGUCGACGGCUGCUUUGACUUCUUCCAUCACGGCCAUGCCGGUGCCAUCGUCCAAGCUCGCCAGCUCGGCGACGAGCUCUACGCCGGCGUUCACUCUGACGAGGCCAUCCUCGCCAACAAGGGCCCAACCGUCAUGACACUUGACGAGCGAAUUGCCGCGACCGACGCCUGCCGCUGGGUCACCCGCUCCAUCGCCAAUGCCCCCUACGUCACCCACCUCGAGUUCAUAUCCCACUAUGGCUGCAAGUACGUCGUCCACGGCGACGACAUCACCUCCGACAGCGACGGCAACGACUGCUACCGCUUCGUAAAAGCCGCGGGCCGCUUCAAGGUCGUCAAGCGCUCCCCCGGCAUCUCCACCACCGACCUCGUCGGCCGCAUGCUGCUCUGCACCAAGACCCAUUUCAUCCACGACCUCGACCGCGUCCUCGCCGGCGAAGAAGGGGCCGGAGAUGCUGACGAGCGCAAGGCGACUGGAAAGGCUAUGCUGGAUCGCAUGCGGCUGUACGCGACCGACGAGACGGCCAAGGCGCCAGGGGUUGACGUCUGGGCCUGGUCGCAGUCCGCCGACGGCAAGGACCAGUUCAAGAAUAUCAUCGCCGGUCCAGGUCUGAGGGCCCACCCGGGGCCUCGCGUCCAGCCUGGAGGACCUCAGACUGGUCAGCGGGUCAUCUACGUGGAUGGAGGCUUUGAUCUCUUCUCGAGCGGCCACAUUGAGUUUCUGAGACAGGUCGUGAUCACUGAGGAGGAGCACGCGCGGCAGCAUGGCUGGUUCGAGCAGGAGUCUAUCGACGCCCGCAAGGCCAGCAACAAUGGCAAGGAUUACUCGCCCACCUUUGUCGUCGUCGGCGUGCACUCCGACGAGGUGAUCAACGAGUGGAAGGGAGUCAACUACCCCAUCAUGAACAUCUUUGAGCGCGGUCUCUGUGUUUUGCAGUGCAAGGUGAGUCUUUGUGCAUCAACCAACUUCAUGCUGGCCCCUUGUGAAUUUCCUCGUAAUGUGUUGGUGUUGACAGCGAAGCAGUACAUCCAAGGCGUCGUCUUUGGCGCUCCAUUCACGCCGACCGUCGACUUCCUCACCUCCCUCCCCACGGGCACUCCGGUCGCCGUCUACCACGGCCCGACAUCGUUUAUGCAGCUGACCUUUGACCCGUACACCGGCCCCAAGUCCUUGGGUAUCUACCGAGAGAUCGGCAACCACUCUUUCGCGCACGUCAAUGCGGGCGAGAUCGUGCAUCGCAUCAUGAAGAGCCGGGACAUGUACGAGGCCCGCCAACGAGCCAAGGGAGUCAAGUCCGGCGUCGAAGCCGCAGCCAGGGAGCGGGAGAUUCUGGAAGAGGAGCAGCGAAAGAAGGAGGCCGAGAGAAGGUAA